CACCGCGAUCAUAAAGCAGCCAGACUGUGAGUGUGCGCACCAGUUGAACUCCCGUCAGUGUGUACAACAGGUGCACUACAGCCGCCCCUCCACCUCGCUGUUGGAUGAUGCCCACAGAGCGCCGCUCGUCGCUUUGCGCAGGGCUUCCUCGUCUGCACUUUGAAUACUUGCACGUUUUUUUAUCCUGAUCACUUCCAGACACACAAAAUGCCUUUUCCGCCUAUCAGCCUCCACCAGCGGAUCUCCUCUCCUGGCAGGGAACUAUUCGGGAAAAAGAAAGCCAACGGAGUGCCUCCUCAGACUGAGCUCACCAGCAAAUCCGGCGGAGAGAAAGGGGGUUCCGAGAAGGAGAAGCAGUCUAUUUCUUGGGCCUCGGCGAAUUUAAGGAAUUUGGGGCGAAAAGCUCAGCAAGAGAAGAGUAAAAGCCCGGAUCAGAAACCGGCUGCCGGUCAGGAGACUCAGGGAAAGUGCUCCUGGCUGACGGUGCCCAGACCUCAGGACUCAUCCGAAGGAGUCAGGCGCUCCACCUCCAUGGACUCCACCAGACAGCUCCAUGGCAAGGACGAAGGAAAGAAGGAGAUUCAGUUUACCCUGAGUCUCACUCCUGAAGCCAUUCUUGUCAUUCAAAAACGUAAUUUAGAAAAACAGAUGAUGGCAAAGCAGCAGAAGUGCUGCGCCUCGGCGGACUUUCGGCACAGGCGAGUUUUUCCUUCCAAAAAGGCGCACGGAGGGUCCAAGGGCUGCGCUCCUGUCGCCAAAGUGGAAAGCGCCGAACAGGACAUCACCGCCAUCGUUAAAAUAUCUCUGUUGAAUGAUCAAUACAAGUACGAUGAUGUGGAGUAUGAAGAAGAGGAUGGAGAUGUGGAUGAGACUGUUGUAAGGAAAUGUAAAGAGUGGCUGAAAGGGGUCGAAAACGCCGCUGCUUUGGGGAAAGUCGACAAACUUUCUGCCCUCCCGCACCUUAAAGGCUGCUGACACCUGACAUUUGAUAUUUCAUUUUCAAACUUACCUGGAAGCGAUGAUGGACUCGCGAAAUUACGUGCACCCAUGUAGACCUGCUGCAGUGGCAUCUUCAAUUUGAGUCUUGUAAAUUGAACGUUUGUAAAUGAGGGGACACCAUUAUCCACUUGUCUCCAAAGGAAUGCCAAUUUGUCUUAAUUAUUUGCUAAAAUGGAUGUCACCACCUUAAAAAAAUGACGUUUAUUCAACAAAAAUAAUUAUAGAAGAGUAAAUUGCAUUGGAGUAAGAGGAAAUUCAACAUUCCCUUAGGAACAAAAGCUUAUUUUGCAGACUGGCUCAUCCAACAGUGCUUCUUAUGGUUCACGGGGACGUGUCAGGCUUAGUUUAACGCCUAUUCAAUUGUUUUGUUGACUUUUGAAUUUAAUACCUUAAUAUUCUUGUCCUUUGCACAUGGUUUUUGUUUUCAGUGGGGCGCCUGUGGAUUGGCAGAGGGGUUUUCGUAAAGGGACGCGAAACCGUUCCUUUGUGUUGGAGAACAAUACGCUGUCAACAACAGGGCUUUACAUGCGCCUGCCGCUGAAACCAAACUGGACUGUUUAUUUUUCCUCUAAUAAGAGGGUUAUAUCCUUUGUAGGGAUUUAUUAGUGAUGUACAGUAUUUAAUAUUUACUAAAUAUUUGUACUGUCAAACGUUUUCUCUGCUGAUGAUUUUAUGCCAUUUGAAGUAAAAUGUUUUUGUUUUUGUUUUUUUGUUUUAAUUACACAAGUGUCCCUGACCCUUCUAACUCUUGACUGAUUUGUGUUGUGCCUCUUAAAUGAUUCUUUUACAUGAUGCUUAUUUGCAGUCUUAUAGAUUUCUUUUACAUGUCUGGCCUGUUCCCAGACACUAUUUUAAAGGCUCUUUGUUGCCACUGUUGCUACCUGAGGCCAUUUGGGCAUUAGUGUUCUAAGCUUCUUAGAUUUCCUGUUAAGCAGGGUUGAUCAUUGUAGCCUACUGUAGCGCCCAGGUGCAUGAUCCCUUCAGCAAAUUACCUCCAGUCUGCUUUUCUUUUGUCAUAUCAAACAAAACAAUGUAUGCACCCACAAGAGAUAGUGUUGGUUCCAAAAUGUGGUCGAUAUUUUCACCUAAAGUGCCAGAAUUCUUUGAUUUGCAGUGAACAUAUUCCCACUUUGAAGUAAACCUGACAUUUCCAUAUUCAUGUGGUUUUCAUCAGUUCUAAACAGGAACAUAUUUUGAUUCUAUGAACAGAAGUGAACUUCAUGUACAACUCAGGGACAAAGAGCAGGUCCAAUUCAGGGCUCAGAAACAAACGACUGUUUUCAGCACAAUACAAUAAA